AUGGAAGACCAUCUCGACUACAAACCUCUCAACGCCAACCAGACCAACUGGAGACGUAUCCUCAGUUACUACGACGCUCACGCUGAAGAUCGAUCUCGCAUUCACUAUACGUUCAAGAACACCGGAUUGCGUAUCGUCAUCUUUGUGCAUGAGAGGAUCCCAUUGCAAGACUUCAAKAAGCUGUUGUUUCAAUUCUUUCAGACCAUGAAGACGGAGGAUCAGGUCAAAAAUGAGAAAAUUGAGAUCCGAGUUGUGAAGCGGGCGGCCGGGAAUAAGGAUGAUGAGGAGGAUGAGGAGGUCGUUGACGAUGAUGCUGAGUAG